UUUACUGCUGUCAUUUCGGACACGCAGUAUUAGUUCAAAUUUCGACCGCUCGGAUCGUACAUACGCGGUUCGCGUUGAGGGGGUCGCCACUGUACGAGAGAGCAGUGUUCCGUAUAAAACGGAGCGUCAGGAGAGAAAGACCAAGCGGUAGAGAGAGAGAGAGAGGAGAGGGAAAAGAGGAGCGAAUCGCUGGAGAAAGAUGGUGUAUGGAGCACGGGAGAGAGGCGCGCACGCCGUAGGUAUAUUUCUCUCUCGGCGCUCUCGAGUUCCCCAAACGCCAAUCCAAUGCACAUAGAGUUUAAGGAACGAGUACCCUUGUCACAGUAAUCGUCGUCGUUACCGCGAUCCUUUCCGUCGAAUUUUCGAGUCUUGCUAGACGAGAAUUCCCCUUAUUACAGUGUUUUAUCGCGAAUUGUCGUGUAGUAGUGGCGGUCGCCCCCAUAGUCGCCCCCAUCCUCGUUCUUUUCCCUUCACCCUCGUGUCGUGCGUGUAUACGUGUAUGUGUUGGACCGCGUGUGUAUAUGCUCCGAGUGUUUUAAAAAGCGAAAAAAAAAAGUAAGAGGCCGAGUUGAACGAACACAAAUCGCAGUGAAAAAAAAGGCACCAAAAGAAAUAUUACAUUCCCUGAAGGAAGUAUUGGCGAAGCAAAAUCGACGAUAGAAAGAGAGAUAAAGCGAGAAGCAGGAGAAGAAAGAGUGCGAGAGAGUGCGUGCGCGAGAAAAGACGAAGAGGAUACACAGGAGGUUUUGGAGCUUUAUUGUUGCCUCCUUGUCUCUUGUAAUUUUGUGAACAGUUUUGUGCGUGUGUGCGCAUUUCCAAAGGAGAGCGAAGGUUUAUACGGCUCUUACAUUCGUAUUGGAGUUUAUAUAUAUUCACAAAAAAUAUAUAUAUAUAUAUAUAUAAUUAAAAAAUAUACACGCAUAUAUAUAUACAUAUAUAUGUAUACGUCCAAGACCCUUCGAGAGUGAAACAUGGUGAACGUUCGCGAUGUUCCGUAGAACAGCGGAGCUAUACGGGUUUCACGAGCAUUCCGACGAUCCGGCCACGAAUGCCGUUCUACGACUUGACUCCUUUCCCAUAGAGGAGUCGACGAUGGAAAUGGUGCCAGGAAUUGUAAGACUUUGGUAGCGCAGUUACCAAAAAAGUAUCCAAAACUGGCUACUCGUGGAGAAUCGAGUAGUUUUUUCACCCCUCCCUGCCCAUGCCCCUAGCAGUUCCAGGUAUAUGAAAAUUCAUUUGAAUUCUCAGCCGUUCCGGUCCCCAAAUUCCCUCUGUAUGACUCGUGCUUUAAACGUGACGCAAUGAGACUCUUGGGACAGAGACCAUUUCCUGCGUCACCGCGGGUCCCGCCGCCUCCACGGCUCUCUUUGGCAGGAUCUUUGUCCUCACCAUUGUUUCUCCUAGUCGUCCUUGUGACUCUUAUUGUUGCGGCUAGCUCUGAAAAUCCUUCAAAUCCAGAUGGCAAAAAAGAAACUAAAUCUCCGCACGUGGUUGCCCAAUUUCCAUCUGAUCCUCGAUCAAAACAAUUGUUUGAUCUUUCCGAAGCCAACAAAACGAGAGAAGGCCUUUUUCGAUUUAAUCAUUUGACCAUCGACCCCGCUACUGGCAGACUUUACGCCGGCGCCGUCAACAGACUCUUGCAGCUCAACUCGAACCUCAAACUCGAAGAACAUGUUUCUACCGGUCCAAGAAUGGACAACCCCCUAUGCCACGCAACUGGCUGUUCAUCCCGAGACAUAGUGACGACGUUAACAAAUAACGUAAACAAAGUGUUAGUUGUGGAUCUCGAUUCACACUCCUUAAUAGCCUGUGGUUCCUUGCUGCAGGGUGCUUGCGAGAAGUACAACAUGUCGAAUAUUUCAAUAAAACCAGAAUUCAUACCACAUAGCGUAGCUGCGAAUGACGAGGAUUCGUCAACUUACGCAUUCAUCGGUCCUGAGCGUUACGAUCCUUGGGACAACAAGAAUAUUUUGUACGUGGGUACGACGUUCACGAACAACGGUGAAUAUCGUCAUGACGUACCGGCGAUAUCGAGUCGGGAUCUUUACACUCUCGAAUUCGCGAGGGACACUUUUAACAAACAAUCGAUUGUCAACAUUGAUGUCAAAUAUCGAGAUCAUUUUCUCGUUAAGUACGUUUAUGGAUUCAACGCUAGCGAUUACGCAUAUUUUGUUCUUGUACAAAAAACUUCGUAUUUACCGGAACAAGAGGAAUUGGGUUAUAUUUCGAGACUCGCCAGAAGCUGCAUCACUGAUCCUAAUUACGAUAGCUACACCGAAGUCACGUUACAGUGUAACGUUGACAUGGGAAACGGCACUCUUGAAACUUACAAUCUUGUACAAGAUGCCAAAAUCGCUUCCGCCGGAAGUGACUUGGCUAGCCAAUUGGGCAUCUCAGUUGGCGAUCCUAUUUUCUUAUCUGUCUUCUCACCCAGCAAAGGUAUCACCAACGAACCUAAAUCUCGAUCCGCCCUUUGCGUCUACAGCUUAAGGGACAUUCAGGAAAAAUUCAUAGAGAAUAUUCACAUGUGCUUCAACGGCAGUAUCAAAUAUCGUAACAUGGGAUACAUCAGCGGUCCUAUUCAGGAUGGCGAAUGUCCUAACGCCGGGAACACUGGAAACAUAUUACAUUUUUGUGAGGUCGGCCUGAAAAUAUCAGGAGUAUCACCAAUAGUUGGACAAUCGAUACUUCAUUUUCCUGACACGUUCGUAACGUCGAUAGCCGUGGCAAACACCGAAAGUCAUACGGUCGCUUUUCUCGGGACAAGCGAUGGCGAGCUGAAAAAAGUAUUGCUUUCCGGAACGGAAUCUUCGGUCUACGAGAGCAUCGUUGUUGACAAAGGACAAACAUUGUUGCCCGAUAUGACCAUAGCGCCUGAUGGCCAACACAUCUACGUUUUAUCGACCAAUAAAAUAUCUAAAGUCAAGGUUGAGCAUUGCAGCGGCUUCACCAGUUGUAGCUCUUGCCUCGAUGCCAAGGAUCCUUACUGUGGUUGGUGCUCAUUAGAAAAAAGAUGCACGGUGAGGGGGGAUUGUCAAAAAGCGAGUCGGAGCAGUCCGCGAUGGUUGUCAUUGGGUACGGGCCAGCAAUGCAUAGAUUUCGAGCAAGUGUUGCCGGAUCGUUUGCCAAUAGAGCAGAUGACGACGGUGCAAUUGACGAUAAGAACGUUACCGGAACUGCCAUCGGGAGCGAAUUACAAAUGCGUAUUUGGUGACGCUGAACCGAUCGACGCGUUGAUGACGGGCUUCGGCUUAUCUUGCCCGGCCCCACCGGUCGUUGGUAGACCGAGCAUUUCUGAGGGAUCUGAUCACGUUCUCGUGUCACUUUCGGUGCGCUCGAGUGAGACCAACAAGGACUUCGUAUCUCGUAAUUUCGCGUAUUUCGAUUGUUCAAAGCACAAGGUGUGCACGGAAUGCGUUAAAGCUCAAUGGUCCUGCAGUUGGUGCGUUUACGACAACAAAUGCACCCACAACACAAGCAGCUGUCAGGGGAACAUCAUAUCCGGAGAAAACCAACGAAACCAGCCGACACUGGCAGCCCACGGUGCCCAAUAUUGUCCACGUUUCACCGCUCGAAAGGAGCCUCUGAUGUUGCCGAUCAACGUGCCGAAGGAGAUAGUACUCGAGGUGGAAAAUUUGCCACAUCCACAAGUGGGGCACACCGGAUUCCAGUGCAUCGUUGGGAUCGAGGGUGCGAAUUUGAAGGUUCAAGCACGAGUGGAUAGUUCGUUGAUCGUUUGCGACAGAACGACGUAUUCGUACGAGGCUUUGAGCGGCGAAUACGAGGCGUCGGUAACGGUAGUUUGGAACAAGAAUCAUCACGUCGACAAAACCACGAUAGUGUUGUACAAGUGCGAAGUAUUGGGUUCGCAUCGCGAACACGCUGAUUGUUCGUUGUGCAUGACGAGGGAUUCGCGAUACGAGUGUUCGUGGUGUUCGAACAGGUGCACGUACAAGGAUUCUUGUUUGCCGACAACCUCGGCGGAGUGUCCGAAGCCGCGAAUAGACAUAAUAAAACCGUUGAGUGGGCCGAUCGAGGGUGGAACGUUGGUGACGAUCGAGGGGAGUAAUCUCGGGUUGCGGGAGAGCGAUGUCCAGGGGAAAAUUCGGAUAGGCGACACACCUUGCGAGCUGAAGGAUUACGAGGUUUCGGUCCGAAUAGUGUGUCGCACGGGGCGUCGAAACGCGAGCGAUACGGCCUCGGUGAUCGUCGGAAACGUUGCGGGCUUUACCGAGUCGGCGGUGCUUUUUAAUUACAAAGACAUCCAAUUGACCGGAGUUUAUCCUUCGGUCGGGCCGCAAAGCGGUGGCACUCAGCUGGCCAUAACGGGAAUGUACUUGAACAUCGGCAGCGAAAUCACGGCUUACCUGGACGAGCUCCCUUGUCACGUGAACGUCAGCCAAGCCAGCUCAACGCGAUUGACUUGCAUCACGAGCAAAUCCGGACGGACGAGACGCAUCGAACGACUGAGACUCACGAUCGAUGGAGCCACGCGGACUCUGGUCAACAAUCCCUUCAAUUACACCCAAGAUCCUUCCAUCAUGGAAAUAAAACCUUUGCGGAGUUUCGCUUCUGGCGGACGGAUGAUUACCGUUCACGGGACGAAUCUCGAUACGAUACAAAAACCCGAGAUGGAAGUUUUCUUCGACAAUGAGAUAUUACCGGUAAAUCGAACCAUUUGUACGGUUCUCAAUCCAACACAAAUGGAAUGCCCGAGUCCCUCGGUCGCCGGAAGAUUCGUUAAUUUCCGACGCGCUCGACGCUCCGCCAAAAAACGUUCGAACGUCCAAACAACUCGGAGCAUCAAAGAGUCUCAAUUGACUCUUAAAAUCGCUUUCGUCAUGGACAAUGUCGAGAGCGUGAGAGACUUGGACAAACAUUUUCAGAACUUGCGAAAUCGGCUGCUCUACGUACAAGAUCCAAAAUUCUUCGCAUUCCCAAAAAACGUGAAAUUGUACAAAGGCGACACCCUCGUUAUCGAAGGUGAAAAUUUGAUUUACGCCGCUGACGAGUCCGACGUGAACGUCACCGUUGGCACGCUCACCUGCAACGUGACGUCGUUGGCUCACACGCAACUGGUCUGCACUCCGCCGGAUUCACAGCCCCCCGGAACCGACGAAUUGGGUGCGAAAUCCCCCAAUGGUUUGCCCCUCGUCGUCGUGCGAGUCGGCCGAAAUUUGCGCUUUCCCAUCGGCUAUUUGCACUACGAAGUGAUCAAAGCAUAUCCGAUUCCGCCGGAAGCAAUCGCCGGAAUCGCGGCUGGCACUUUCAGUCUUGUUCUCCUCUUUGUUCUCGUGCUCGUUGUUUAUCGUCGUAAGAGCACACAAGCCGAACGAGAAUACAGAAGGAUACAAAUCCAAAUGGACACUCUGGAAAGCAACGUCCGGAUGGAGUGCAAACAGGCUUUCGCCGAGUUACAAACCGACAUGACCGACUUGACCGCCGAUCUCGAAUCUUCAGGAAUUCCGACCCUCGACCACAAGAAUUAUAUAAUGAAAGUAUUUUUUCCCGGGGUUAUUGACCAUCCGAUCCUCAACGAUCCGAGGUCGCGAGGGACACUGGCAAGAACUAAUUACGACGCCGCUAUGAUCCAAUUCGAGCAGCUCGUUAACAACAAGUGUUUCGUUUUAACCUUCAUCGAAACCCUGGAGGCCCAAAAAGACUUUAACAUAAGAGACAAAGUGAACGUCGCCUCGUUAUUGAUGGUAGUUUUGAUGGGUAAAAUGGAAUACGCGACCGACAUACUGAUGAAUCUUCUGUUGCGUCUCAUCGACAAAUCCGUCGAUACGAAACACCCUCAGCUCAUGCUCAGACGCACGGAAUCGGUCGUUGAAAAGAUGCUGACAAACUGGAUGGCGCUGUGCAUGUACAAUUAUCUCAAAGAUUACGCCGGCUCCUCCCUCUUCUUAUUAUUUAAGGCUAUAAAGCAUCAAAUAGAAAAGGGUCCAGUUGACGUCGUGACUCACGACGCGAGAUACUCCCUCUCCGAGGAGCGUUUGUUGCGAGAACAAAUUGAUCACAGUCUCGUAACGCUUCACGUUGUCCAGGACGAUCUCGAUGAAAAAAUUCAGUGUAAAGUCCUCGAUUGCGACACGAUUAGUCAAGUUAAGUCCAAGAUACUCGAUGCACUUUAUAAAAAUACGCCUUUUUCGUUGAGGCCUUCGAUACACGAAGUCGACCUGGAGUGGAGACACGGUAGAGGCGGACAUUUGACCCUCCAGGACGAAGAUUUGACGACCAAGUGCAGUGGGGACUGGAAAAAAAUAAACACCCUCGCUCAUUACGGCGUUAAAGAGUCAGCCGUUAUGUCGCUGAUACCCAGACAAAACGACGGGUUCAGCCUGAACUGCAAACCUCCCUGUCACAAUUGUAAACCCGCCUCCCAUCACCAUCACCAUCAUCAUUCGAGCCAGCAGCAUCAACACAACCUCCAUCGUCACGCCAACAAUUGUUCAUCGGGACAUUUGCCAGCUACACCGAGCCACGGUCUCAUAAGUCCGAUCAUGUACCCGCACACACCCGGCGGCAUCUACUUCGAUAGUCAACAUUCGCCGACGAUAAUAAGUGUCAACGGGGACAUCGAAACCUCGGUCCCCAAUCAACGGAUUUGGCACUUGAUCAGACCGAUCGACGAGGGACACUUUCCACCGGGGAUCGGUUAUUCAGGCGGCAAAAAUCACCUCGAGAGAACCCACAAAGCUAUACCCGAAAUUUUUUUAACGAGGCUGCUCUCGACGAAAGGCACAGUACAAAAAUUCGUCGACGAUUUUCUCAACACUAUUUUAACUGCCAACGAGGCGUUGCCCAGCGCCGUUAAAUGGCUUUUCGAUCUUCUCGACGAAGCUGCCAAAAGGCACUGCAUUAUUGAUCCCGAAGUCGCCCAUGCGUGGAAAUCCAACAGCUUACCACUCAGAUUUUGGGUUAAUUUUAUCAAAAAUCCGGACUUUAUGUUCGAUAUUAAUAAAUCCACUACGGUCGACUCGAGCUUAUCGGUUAUCGCCCAAACCUUCAUGGAUGCCUGCUCCACCACCGAACACAGACUCGGCAAAGAUUCGCCCUCCAAUAAAUUACUCUUCGCCAAGGACAUUCCUCAUUAUCGGGAAAAAGUUGGACGGUUUUAUACCGACGUACAAAGAUUACCACAAAUUACUGAUCAGGAAAUGUCCAGCGCUAUGCAACAACUUAGCGCCUCGCAUGCCAACGAAUUCGACGUUAUCGCCGCUCUCAAAGAGCUUUAUAUUUACGUCAGCAAGUAUUAUGAACAAAUCCUAGAGGCCUUGGAGUCGGACGCGGGCUGUCGCAAGCUACAUCUGGCGCAUAGGCUGGAAAAUGUCGCGUGUACGCUCGAGGGUGAAGAGACAAGUGCCUGCUGACAAAACUUGCCGGUACGGAAAAGCGAAUGACCCCAGUCGCUGAGAUCGGAAGAGGAUUGAACAAAGCUAGGAGGAAGAGAAGAUAGGAAAACAAAUCCGAAGGAGUAAAAAAAAACACUGACUAGUGCCUCGAGUCCGCGCAUCAGACAAGCCUCGUUUUUAUUUUCAUCUUCUUUCCGUUUGUGUUUUUUCUCACAUGUACAAAUUGAACACGCGAAAGAAGAGUAAAGUUGAAUAUGGGAAAAAUACCUCGAGACGAGGAUCGCACGAUCGCGAUUCAGUCAGGAUUUUUCGUUACGAUAUGAGUUCGGCCGAAGUGCUUUCGCGAUGGAUCAACGAGAUAGAUAGAUAAACAAAAGAAACAAAACUUCACAAUUUCAAAGGAAGAAAUAAUGAAGAGAGAGAAUUAAAAAUAGUGAAGAAAAAAGCGGUGAGAUUCGGGAGAAAAUCGAAAGAGACUAAUACGCAGCGAUUUCACGCAGCAAUUUUCGAUUUUCCGUUGUUCUGGUGUGACCUCAUCGAUCAACGAAUCUACCUAAUCGCCGGUUGAUUUUUCAAUUUCUUUUUCUUUUUUUUUCACUGGCUUAAUUAUCAUAAAAAGCGAAGGAAACGUCCGCUCCCGUGUGAUUUCCGAUUUUUACGCGUCGAAUAAAUCUCGCUAGAGAUUAAGAGAGAGAGAGAGAGAGAGAAAGAGUGAGAGGGUUAAAUCCGUUCACGAACUGUGCACCGACCGUGACUCGCGUUUACACGCUUGUGUUCGAUAUCUCAAAUCCAAACAAACUCAAAUUAUCGUGAUCUCAGCGACAAGAGUUCGUCGGGAGAGAAACAUACAAAAUUUAGUCUAACGAAGCGUGUUUCCGCGUGGCAUAGCGUUAUAGCAUACACGAAAACACACUAAAGUACACACAAAACACACACAUAAACAUUCUUAAUCGAUCGACACGAAAUAAAACUGACGAAGGUGGCAAUUAAUAAAUAUUGAACGAAAAAGAUUUGAAGAAACAAAUAAUAAAUAAACAUAAAAAACGUAAAAGCGAGUAAGUGAAAAAGCCAUAGUGUCCGACGGACUGUUUGUACAGUUGAUGAGUGUACGAGCAGCGAGUAGUCUGUGAUCCGAGCACGUGUGGCUAUGCCUACUAUCUUCAUUACGAUAUUAUUAUUAAUAUGUUAUAUAUAUUAUAUAUAUAUACAAUGUGUCUUGGAACGAAUAAUGAAUAAGGUGAACUUGAGAUUCGGUCAGAAUUUCGUGUUCGAAAGUCCACGAUAACUAAAAUUAAUUUCGUGCAUAAUUUGUUGAAAAAUUUGCAAAAGUGUGAAGAACAUUCUUCAAACUAUAUGCAGUGAAAAUGAAGAAUUUUAUCAAGUUUCGUGGACGUCCCAACGACGUUGGGACGUCUCGGUAUCGUUAAUAACGUCUUCAGAAUUAAUUGACAAGAAAUUCUGAGUCGAACCGAAAUUUGCGUUGUCGAUUAUUCGACUCUGAGACACUUCGUAUAAAUGAGAGAAACAAAAAAGCAUCGAUAAGUGUUUUCGCGAAAACACCUUCCAUGGAUCGUAGUGAACUAGUUAGAGAGGGGGGGGAGGGGUAUAUAUGUAUUAUAAAAACAGAAAUGCAAAGAAAUAAGCCAGACGCCUCCACUCUUCUCGUACAAGAGUGAGCGAAUGGAGAAUAACGCGGAAAAUAAGGGAUUGCAGAUACGAACAAUUGAAUUUAUGAGGUUUGAGAGCGAAGGGAAGAGAUUAUGAAAUGGAAUAAAUUGUAAACGAUUUAAGUCAGUCGCGAAAAUUACGAGAGAAUUACACUAGGCCUAGCUAUACGUACCCGAGCGAUACGUAAAAAAAAAAAGAAAGAAAAAUAUCUCUUAUUCGUUUGUAACGCUCUUUUUUUAUAUAUGUACAACAUAUUUAUAUACAUAUACGUAUAUUUGUGUCGGAGGACAAUUAUCUUCUCGCCACUCAUGUCUCGCGUUUUUUUCUUUUUCAACUCUACCAACAAUUGUUGCAAUUCGGAAUGAAAAUAUGUACGUUAAUGGAGGAAGGUACUUUUUAUACCAUCUCUCGACUCGUAAUAUUUAUUUAUUCCUCGAAUAAUUACGAAAUUAAACUAAUUCAUAAAUUAACGACUAGUUCACUAUUGGUUGAUCAAUUUUAUUUAUUUUUCGCAACAUUUGCGAUUAAAAAUUUGUAGGACAUCCAUUGUUUUUUUUUUUUUUUAUUAUUUACGAUUUUACUUGUAGGAAACUCGAGUCUGUCCUUCGAUACAAAUAUAAAUUUAUAUAUCGAAAUAUAUAAAUAUUUAUAUAUAUACAUAUAUAAAUAUUUACUCAAACGCUUGUAUAUAUGAAUUUUUCCGUUAGUUUAUUCAAUUUGUAUACUUCGUACGAUCGAUAUAUAUAUAUAUAUUUUUUUUUUUAUUAUUUUUUACGACUACAAAAGUUUUUUUUUACAAAUGAGAUGAAUUUGCGAUUAAAUUUGUGAUCGUCCAAGCAAUUAACUCGUCGAAUCUAAAAGCGUAAUUGAAAUGUUAUCUCGUCAUCGUUAUAUUAGCGUCGAUAUAUAUUUUCAAACUCGAUCGAAUAUCUCCUACGAAUGGAAGAAUGGAAAACUUGUAAAAUGAAUCUCGGAGGAAAGCCUCGGUUUAGCACGAAAUGAAUUAUUAUUACAAUUAUUAUUUUAUUACUAUUUUUUUUUGUUUUAGUAUUAACUUUCGAGGUUUUUGAAUCUCAAAGAAUUGACACUCGUGCGGCAAUUAGCCAGCUUCCCGUGGUGUUUAUUUUUUAUUUUUUUUGUUCCAUCUUUUUUUUUUUCGUUCCCUCGAUUCCCCUCUCUGAAAGCGUCAUGUGCCUCAGACUCUCGUAUUUUUUAGACGACGAUGAGUGACGAAGUUUCGUUGUUACCAUUUCCUUUGCCAUAUGCAAAACCAACGAAUAACGUCUUUUUUUUUUUAUGCAUCGACAAAAAACAAUACUCAACGUUUCGUUCCUAAUGCAAUUGAAAAAAAAUAAAAGUAGAAUACUGACAAUUCAUACUUUUUUCAAGACUUAUGACAACACUGCAGAGACUGGUAAAACCUUAAUUUAUGUUUGUUUUUUUUUUUUUUUUUUUUUUUUACAACCGCAAUGCAAAACUGUUUUCACAAGAUUUUUUAAAUUCCUAUUCUAAGAAAUCGGAGUCUAGAAGAACGGUUAACAUUUGAAAGAAUCUCUCUUUCCCUCUCAUUCUCUCUUUUUCUCCUUACGAUAGUUCCGAAAAGCACUGCCAUUGCUGCACACUUAUGAAUUCCAGUGGAAUGACCCGCCUAAAAAUCCAAAAAAUCCUAAAAAGCAAGAGUUCCAAGGAGCAGCUCAAUUGCCAUUAUCGUCCGAUUUUCAUUAUCAUAAUUAUUCAUUUAAGUCUUAUUUUAUUGUGAAAGAAUCAGAGAGAGAGAGAGAGAGACGCGAGUGGAUCGAUAAAUUCUCUUCAAAGAAUAAAAUACGGUCCAGAGGUGCUGGGAACGUGCUCAUUACAAUUGUACUUAAAACGAAGUGGCAUUCUCGACAAAUGCACAACCUCUAAACGUCAAAUUCAGGUGCCCAGCUCCCUCAGGCACCUAACACGCAACAUACACGUACACACACACGAACAAAAACCCCUAUGUAUCUCUAUAUAUGUAUUGUAUUUAUUUAUACUACGAAAGAAAACAAAAUAGCUAGUUAUUACGAACAGUCGUGUACGUCAAUCUGUGAGGUUACGUUGUCCUUUGUUUUCGCGCCAAUGACCGCAUAAGCUUGUUAGUGGAAGAUGGGAUUCAGGAUAUCUAUUGACUCGGGUGUGUGAUUUUCUGUUACAAUAACUUCCGAAGAUUUUGUCAAAAGAAUGUCUAAAUUAGUCUCGAAGACGUCAUUCGAUAGUUUCCGAAGUCUGACAACUUUUAUACUUUUCGAACGAAGUUGGACCAUUUGGAUAUAAAUUUCUGCAAGUUUUGCCACACGGGGAUAUUUCAAUAACUUAUUUGAACAAGUUUUUAAAAAUUUCUCCAUUGGUGAUGUUUUUUGAGCUACGAUUUGUGGCUGAUUAGAAAUUAUAACCUCGCGAUUUAUUGAAAAAAAAAUGUUUAUGUACCAUUAAAAUCACGUUGAGAAUCCAGAGUCCUUAGAUACUUUCCACUUUUAUUAUUCGAACGAGUCGCCAGGAUAUCGCAUUUUUUUCCUUAGUUCAAGAAAAUGAGAGUUAACGGUACGGUCUUCCUGAUUGUAAAAUAUAUAUUGACGGAGUAAACCCCACUCUUGCCCCCUCCACUCCCUUUUCCAAUCCUUUGUCCUCAUAUGUCUGUGGCAAUCUUAGUAAUAUUAUAUAUUUUAAACAUUUCGAUGAAUUCGGCCGGAAUACGAUAAUUUUUGUCACUAUGGAAAAUCGGUGAAAUCGCUUUUCCCUAAUGCCAUAUAUACAUAUAUAUAUAUACAUACAAAUUUAAUAAGAAUAUUUGAUAUUUUUUGAACAUCUCAAGUGAUCAAGUAUAUAUACUCAAUUCAUCGACAGCAUCAGCUCCUCACCAAUUCCGCCCCAGUGUUAAUUCCCAUUUAUUUCGUUGUAUAGAUUUCUCACUCCUCAAGCAUGCAUAUUUCAUUUUGGGAGGUAAUAAAAAAAAUGAACAAUACA